AUGGUUAAAGUCCUCUGCAGGGCCAUCUGUAAUGUCGGAUACAUCAGGGGACCUGACGGCGUGACGUGUGUGGAUGUGAACGAGUGUCUCCAGUCACCGUGCGGACAAACGUGCACCAACUUAGACGGCUCGUACAGAUGUGGGUGUAACCAAGGUUACCAGCUGGCGUCGGACCUGACCAGUUGUGUUGACGUUGAUGAAUGCGGUCUUGAUGUUAAGCCCUGUCAGCAACAGUGCCAGAAUCAAGUUGGGUCCUACACCUGUUCUUGUAAUGCUGGCUAUCGUCUAGCCUACGAUCUGGUCAGCUGUUUGGACAUAGAUGAAUGUUUACAAAAACCCUGCAGUCAAUUGUGCACCAACACUGUUGGUUCUUACCAAUGCAGCUGUAUGAUAGGCUACACACUUAACAGCGACAUGAAAUCUUGUACCUGUAGCCAGUGGAACUAUUUGUGUCAACAGCCUGUCGUAUGCAGGAAUGGGUUCCAGCUUGUAGGUAACACAUGUGUUGAUGUGAACGAAUGCGACUUGAAAACAGAUAACUGCUCACAGAUAUGCCAGAACUCUGCAGGUAGCUACACCUGUAGCUGCUAUGAUGGUUACGUAAUGGACAAACUUGGCGACUGUGUUGACGUGAACGAGUGUCUGAGUUCACAAUGUCAACAGAUCUGUACAAAUUUGAACGGUUCCUACAGCUGUGGAUGUCGCCAAGGGUUCGUGUUGGCCAGGGAUAACAAAACAUGUGAGGACAUAGACGAGUGUCAAACUACAACACACAACUGCUCACAGUUAUGUAACAACACUGUAGGUGGUUACACCUGUAGCUGCCAUCAAGGUUAUGAGUUACACAACGACAGCAGAUUUCUCUGUGUGGAUGUCGACGAAUGUGGUUUAGGAACUGACAACUGUUCUGAUGGUUGUAACAACACGGCCGGUAGCUACGUGUGUACAUGUAAGGACGGCUAUCACAUUGACACACACGAUCCUUUCACCUGUGUGGAUAUGGAUGAGUGUCAACAAGACCGACACAAUUGUACACAAAAUUGUACAAAUUCUGUUGGCUCGUACGUCUGUAGUUGUUUCCAUGGUUACCGUUUUAACAAUAAGAGUAGCUCGUGUUUGGAUAUCGACGAGUGUAAAGAAAACUCAGACACCUGUGAAAAUACCUGUGUCAACACAUUAGGUUCUUACACCUGUAGCUGCCCAUUAGGUUACCAACUUGACCAAGAUGGUAGCUCCUGUGUCAAGACCAGAUCACAACCAUCUUGUCCCUGCUCCUGUAGGACUCAGACCAGAAUCAACAUGUCCAGUAAUCUAAUGGCCGUUCAGAAAGAAAUUGACCAGAUCAAAAAGAACUUGACCGUUGAGACUCACGACCUGUCGUCCUACAUACGGAGCAAGACUUCCGCAACAGACGACAGAACGUCUGCUGAUACUAUUGGGCUAGUCAGUGUCCAGACAACCAACCUCUCAGACUUUACAAGUUUCAGCAUAGACAAAAGAAUGUACUUGUUGUCCACAACCACCCAGUACUACGAAGCUUCAGUAAAGAUGUGUGCGGCCAUCGACUCGACUGUCGUUAUGUUUGACACCAACCUCGAGUUCUCGAAUGUCAAGACUUACUUGUUAAGUAAAUAUAAAAGUUUUGACGUGUGGGUGGACAUAUUCAAAAAUAGAACAGGAUACUUUUGGAAGCUAGGGGAGGUUGACCAGACAACAUGGGCAAACGCAGAACCUAACGAUGGUUGCCAGUUGAGUGCAACCACAAAAUGUUACGUAAGGAGCACGACAGAUGGACUUAAAGAUAAAAGCAGCGGUUCUUUUAUGUUUAAAGUCCUCUGUAAAGCCUUCUGUAAUGUCGGAUACAUUCGGGGACCUGACGGCGUGUCGUGUGUGGAUGUGAACGAGUGUCUCCAGUCACCGUGCGGACAAACCUGCACCAACAUAGACGGCUCGUACAGAUGUGGGUGUAACCAAGGUUACCAGCUGGCGUCGGACCUGACAAGUUGUAAUGACGUUGAUGAAUGCGGUCUUGAUGUUAAACCCUGUCAGCAACAGUGCCAGAACCAAGUUGGGUCCUACACCUGUUCUUGUAAUGCUGGCUAUCGUCUAGCCUACGACCUGGUCAGCUGUUUGGACAUAGAUGAAUGUAUACAAAAACCCUGCAGUCAAUUUUGCACCAACACUGUUGGCUCUUACAAGUGCAGCUGUGGGUUUGGCUAUACGCUUAACAGCGACAUGAAAUCAUGCAGUUGUAGCAAAACUCCUUUGAAUUUGUUGUGUCAACAGCCUUUUGUAUGCAGGAAUGGGUUCCAGAUUGUAGAUAACACAUGUGUUGAUGUGAACGAAUGCGACUUGAAAACAGAUAACUGCUCACAGAUAUGCCAGAACUCUGCAGGUAGCUACACAUGCAGCUGCUAUGAUGGUUACGUAAUGGACAAACUUGGCGAUUGUGUUGACGUGAACGAGUGUCUGAGUUCAUCAUGUCAACAGAUCUGUACAAAUUUGAACGGUUCCUACAGCUGUGGAUGUCGCCAAGGGUUCGUGUUGGCCAGGGAUAACAAAACAUGUGAAGACAUAGACGAGUGUCAAACUACAACACACAACUGCUCCCAGUUAUGUAACAACACUGUAGGUGGUUACACCUGUAGCUGCCAUCAAGGUUAUGAGUUACACAACGACAGCAGAUUUCUCUGUGUGGAUGUCGACGAAUGUGGUUUAGGAACUGACAACUGUUCUGAAGGUUGUAACAACACGGCAGGUAGCUACGUGUGUACAUGUAAGGACGGCUAUCACAUUGACACACACGAUCCUUUCACCUGUGUGGAUAUGGAUGAGUGUCAACAAGGCCGACACAAUUGUACACAAAACUGUACAAAUUCUAUUGGCUCGUACGUCUGUAGUUGUUUCCAUGGUUACCGUUUAGACAACAAAGACAACGUCACUUGCUUGGAUAUCAACGAGUGUAAAGAAAACGUACACACCUGUGAAAAUACCUGUGUGAAUACAUUAGGUUCUUACACCUGUACCUGCCCAUUAGGUUACCAACUUGACCAAGAUGGUAGCUCCUGUGUCAAGACCAGAUCACAACCAUCUUGUCCCUGCUCCUGUAGGACUCAGACCAGAAUCAACAUGUCCAGUACUCUAAUGGCCGUUCAGAAAGAAAUUGACCAGAUCAAAAAGAACUUGACCGUUGAGACUCACGACCUGUCGUCCUACAUACGGAGCAAGACUUCCGCUACAGACGACAGAACGUCUGCUGAUACUAUUGGUUCGCUUGGCGCAGCACUCUUCGGUUUCACCGUUGGUUUUGUGCUGGUUCCUGAUAUAGCUGCUGUUUUCCAGUUCGUCUUGCGCAAACUUCGGCGCGCCUUUCGAGAAGAUUAA